AUGGCUGGGGUCUCCUGCCAGGUUGUGGUGUAUUACGCCACCCUGGAUGCUUCAGGAGGCCAGCGACGGGUCAGGGCUGGGGCGGCAGCGGCCCUGAAAUCAGCGGGCACAGGGCGGGAACAUAAAUAUUCUCUUGUGGUGUCCGGAGAGAGUGACGCGGGCCCGAAGCCCCCCCUGAAGAGGCCGCCGAGGGCGGGCCAGCGCCGAAGUGCCAAGCGGGACCGUAAGGCCAUAAACCUGCGGGUGAAGCUGGAGGUACUGCGGCGCUUCGAAGCCGGAGAGAAGCUCAGACGAAUCGGGAGGGCACUAGGGCUCUCCACCUCCACUGUGGCCACCAUUCGUGACAACAAGGACAAGAUCCGAGCGAGUUCCCAGGCGGCCACCCCGCACGCGGCCUCUAAGCUGACGCGCAGCCGCAGCCUGGUGAUGGAGAACAUGGAGCGGCUGCUGAGCGUGUGGAUCGAGGACCAGAACCGGCGUGACGUGCCGGUCAGCGUGGUGCUCGUCCAGGAGAAGGCCCGCAGCCUGUUUGAGGAGCUCAAGCGGGCGCAGGGUGAGGGCGCCGAGGCUGAGACGUUCGGCGCCAGCCGCGGCUGGUUCGCGCGCUUCAAGGCGCGGCACGGGCUGCGCAGCCUCGGGGCCGGAGGCGAGGCGGCGCGCGCAGACGCAGAGGCUGCGCGCAGGUAUCCGGCGCUGCUGCGGAGGGUGAUCCAGGAGGGCGGCUACACGGCCCGGCAGGUGUUCAACGUGGACGAGACCCGGCUCUUCUGGAGGCGGCUGCCGGGCAGGACGGUCCCUUCCACGGCGGAGAAGCCAGGCCCCGGGUUCACAGCCGCCCAAGAUCUCCUGACCCUGCUGCUCGGCAGCAACGCCGCCGGGGACUUCAAGCUGAAGCCGCUGCUGGUGUACCCCUCAGAGAACCCGCGCGCCCUCCGGGGCUUCUCCAAGCCCAACCUGCCCGUGCUGUGGCGCUCGCACAGGAAGGCCUGGGUCACCGUGAGCCUCUUCCAGGAGUGGUUCGUGCACUUCUUCUGCCCCGCCGUGGAGAGGUACUGCGUCCGGCACGGGCUCCCGUAUAAAGCUCUGCUCGUCCUGGACAGCACUCCGGGCCGCCCUGGGAACCUGGACGACCUCUCCGACCACGUGCGCGUGGAGUACCUGCCCAAGGACACCACGGCCCUCAUCCAGCCCAUGACCCAGGACGUGGUCGCCACGUUCAAGGCCUGCUACCUGCGGAGGGUCUUCCGCCUCUUGGCGGCGAGGGCGGGAGGCGCCGGCGAGCCGUCAGCGGCCCCGGACUUCUGGCGGGACUACAGCAUCCUGGACGCUGUGCACAACAUCUCCGAGUCCUGGGAGGAGGUUCCGCCCGCGACGUUGAACCGGGGUUGGGGGAAGCUGUGGCCCGAGUGCCUCCAGCACGACGCCAGCCCCCGACCCGGGGAGGCCCUCCCGCAGAUCCGGCGGGACGUCGUGGCGCUGGCGCACGGCUUGGGUUUCGGGGAGGUGGCAGAGGCGGAUGUGGCUGAGCUGCUGCAGAGCCAGGGCGCAGACCUGUCCAACGAGGAGCUGGUGGGGCUGGAGCAGGAGCGGGCAGCCGGGGAGGAGGGUGAGGACAGCUCGACGGCCUCCCGCCAGCUCACGGCCAGGCACCUGGCCAAGGCCCUGGCACAUUUCGAUGCUGGCCUGCAGGUCGUCGGGGACAACGACCCCAACCUGGAGCGCAGCCUCCGCGUCUGCCGGGGCGUGAACAACGUGAUCAGCUGCUAUCGGGAGCUCUUCAAGGAGAAGAGAGGCCCCAGAUAG